UUGGGCCAAAACUCCAAUAAAGAUAACAGUCUGUAUAAACAAGUGAUGAAAAGAAGGAAGGAGGAAGUGUUCAUUCCUGACAGAAGCAUCAUCCGCAUCAGGGUCAGGGCGAGGCUGCAGCUCUGACUGUAUUUAAAGAGCCCAGUCUGCCACAGCACCCAGAGACCCCUCAUCACUGCUGCAGCCAACACAGAGAUGCUCUUCUCUGUUCUAUUUGCGUUGUGCCUAUGCAUUCUCCCUGUUUACCUUGAACCCACUGAAUUCCUUGGCAGUCCUUUACUUAAGCAAUGUUUUGAAGAUGCAAAGAAACUUGUGGAUGAGGCGUACAAAUAUUCAAGAGAAGAGAGUCUGAGUAGAGUCCGGCGGGAGGUGGUGAGGCCCCAUGAUGCAUUGCGUCUCCUCAAACAGCCCCGUGGAGACACCCGUUCAGCUGUGCGAUCUGCAGACUACCUGGACCAGACCCUCCGUUUUCUGCAGGAGAGGACACAUCAUGUUCACAAGCGCUCACUAAACGCAACAGAUCUGCUCUCUCCGGAGGAGCUGGCAAGUUUGGUUAAAAUAACUGGUUGUGCUGCAAGGGUCAGUCUUCCAAACUGCCGAACCACACCAAACGUUAAUAAAUAUCGUACAGCCACCAGUGUCUGCAACAACUUGCAAAACCCUCGUCUUGGUGCCUCUAACACUCCUUUCACUCGCUGGCUUCCCGCUGAGUAUGAUGACGGUAUCUCUCAACCCAAAGGAUGGAACAACCGAACACUGAACAAUUUUCUGCUUCCGUUGGUCAGACACGUGUCCAACAACAUUUUGGCUACAACAGAUGCAGGAGUUGUCAAUGACACAGAAUACACUCAUAUGGUCACCUUGUUUGGUCAAUGGAACGAUCAUGACUUGACCUUCACCCCAUUCUCUCCAAGCAUUCGCUCUUUCAGCAACGGGCUCAACUGUGAUGAGAGCUGUGAGCGCAGUGAGCCCUGCAUCCCUAUCCCGAUACCCCCAGGUGACCCCCGCCUGCCCACUGGAAAGGAUAGCUGUAUCCCAGCCUUCAGAUCUGCCCCUACAUGUGGAACAGGGUUCUCAGCCUAUAACUUUGGUGGAGAACCCAGAAAAAGAGAGCAGAUUAAUGCACUCACUGCCUUCCUGGAUUUAGGCCAGGUGUACGGCUCUGAGGAAAAGCUGGCCCUGUUCCUGCGGGACACUGAGAAUGAAGGGGGCCUGAUGCGCGUCAACACUGAGUUUAGAGACAACGGUCGAGAGCUGCUGCCAUUCACCAACAUGGAGAUGAACAUGUGUGCCACACGCAAAAGAGUCACCAAUGACACCACCGCCACUGAGGUGCCCUGCUUCAUUGCAGGUGAUGUGCGUGUGGACGAGAACAUUGCACUGACUUCUAUUCACACACUAUUUGUGAGGGAGCACAAUCGUGUGGCUCGAGCCCUCAAGAGAAUAAACCCACAAUGGGACAGUGAGACGCUCUACCAAGAGUCCCGCAAGAUCCUGGGUGCUUACACACAAAUAUUUGUGUUCAGGGACUACCUGCCACACAUUGUUGGUCCAGACACUAUGCGCAGGCUCCUCGGUCCAUACCCAGGCUACAGUCCCAGAGUUGACCCAAGCAUUUCCAACGUUUUUGCCACAGCUGCCUAUCGCUUCGCACACUUGGCCAUCCAGCCCAUUUUAGGCCGCCUCAAUGCCAACUACAGAGAGCACUCCCAGUUUCCCAGUGUGUCCCUGUACAGGUCCUUCUUCACCCCAUGGAGGGUCAUUUUUGAGGGUGGUAUUGACCCCCUGAUCCGUGGUUUAAUCCGUGGUCCUGCCAAACUGAAUACUCAGGAUCACAUGCUGGUGGACGCUUUGAGGGAGAGAUUGUUUCAGUUUGUUCAGCAUCUGGCUUUGGACCUGGGCUCUCUGAACAUGGCGCGAGGACGUGAACAUGGCCUGCCAGGAUACAAUGCUUGGCGCCGGUUCUGUGGUCUUUCUGCUCCCAGAAACCAGGCUGAGUUGGCUCAAGUGAUGAACAACACAAAGCUUGCUCGUAAGCUGCUGGAGCUCUAUGGCACACCUGAAAACAUUGAUGUGUGGCUAGGAGGAGUCGCUGAGCCAUUUGUUCGUGGAGGCCGUGUGGGUCCUCUGUUUGCAUGCCUCAUUGCAAAUCAGUUCAAAAACAUUCGGCAAGGAGACAGACUUUGGUAUGAAAACCCUGGAGUGUUCACAAGGAGACAGAGGAUUGCUCUGUCCAGGGUGAGUCUCUCUCGAGUCAUCUGUGACAACACUGGGAUCACAUCUGUCCCACGGGAUGCAUAUAGUGUCUUGUCCAACUCCAACAGACUGAUGCAGUGCUCCUCUCUGCCUUCUGUGGACCUCACAGCCUGGAGGGACCGACCCUGCUCAGUGCUGGGUGCUGGCUGUCUUGAUAAGAAUGCCGUGUCAGAGGACCUCCCGGACCUCCAGGCCCUCGAGGAAUUUCUGGACAAUGAGGUCCCCCAAGCUUGAGAGGACCUCCAGGACUGCCAGUUUCUCUCAUAAAUGCCACACAGCCACAGUCAGCCUUCUCUGUCCUCCUGGGCAAGAACAACAUAUCCUCAGAGAAAACUCUUUACUUCCUCAGUAUGGUUUACAACCAGCAGCACCACUAUCCCUCAAACAGGCUCUUUCACCUGCACUAUCCCUGGCAUUUACCAGUUUAGCUUCCUCUGCAUCUCCUACAUCUCCUCCACAAGAGUAGGUCUAUGGCAUAACAACAAAAUGGUUCUGCAGGGCUUCAAGUCAAUUGUGAGACGAUAUCUUCU